GGUAGUCUUUAUGACUCUUCGUUGAAGUUGAUUUUUUGCGCCACCCCAUCAAUUAAAUUUCAUGAAUAGCCCUUUCUCUAACCCUUAAUUUUACACUCAAAUGGGUUAUCGUCGUUACGCAAAUAUGCGAUGUUGCAUGGUGCAAGUGAGAUCACUCUGCAGCAACACUUCCACCAUUUCACGUUACGGUCGCGGUCGUGAUAUAGACAAUGCUCGAAAGGUGUUCGACAAUACGCCAUUGUCACAACGAACCAUCGCUUCCUGGAAUGCCAUGGUCGCUGCCUAUUUCGAAUCCCAUAAACCUUGCGACGCAGUUAUUCUGUUUGAUCAAAUGCCCCAAAGAAAUACUGUUUCAUUUAAUGGCAUGAUUUCAGGUUAUGUAAAAAACGGAAUGGUAGCCGAAGCAAGGAAGGUGUUCGAUAGUAUGCCUGAACGCAAUGUCGUUUCUUGGACUUCCAUGGUUCGUGGUUAUGUUCAAGAGGGUAUGGUGGAAGAAGCUGAAAGACUCUUCUGGGAAAUGCCACACAGGAAUGUGGUGUCGUGGACAGUUAUGAUUGGUGGGUUAUUGAAGGAAUCUCGUUUGGAUGAUGCAAAGAAACUUUUUGAUAUGAUGCCUGUGAAGGAUGUUGUGGCGGUUACUAAUAUGAUUAGUGGGUAUUGUCAGGUGGGUCGAUUGGAUGAAGCUCGUGAACUGUUUGAUGAAUUGCCGAAGAAGAAUGUGGUUACAUGGACUACUAUGGUUUCUGGGUAUGCAAAGAAUGGGAGAGUUGAUGUUGCAAGGAAACUUUUUGAAGUGAUGCCUGAGAAAAAUGAGGUGUCUUGGACGGCUAUGCUUAUGGGGUAUACUCAUUGUGGGAGGAUGAAGGAGGCUUUCGAGCUUUUUGAAGCGAUGCCUGUCAAGUGGGUUGUUGCUUGUAAUGAGAUGAUCAUGCGGUUUGGACUUACUGGGGAGGUGAAUAGAGCUAAGAUGUUGUUUGAGGGAAUGAAGGAAAGGGAUGAGGGAACUUGGAAUGCUAUGAUUAAGGUGUGUGAGAGGAAAGGGUCUGAGUUGGAAGCUUUGGAUUUGUUUGCGAGGAUGCAAAGGGAAGGGGCUGCCUUGAAUUUCCCUUCGUUGAUCAGUGUUCUUUCUGUGUGUGCAAGUUUAGCUAGCCUUGAUCAUGGAAGGCAGGUUCAUGCUCGAUUGGUGAGAUCUGAAUUUGAUCAAGAUUUAUAUGUUGCGUCUGUUUUGAUUACUAUGUAUGUUAAGUGUGGUGAUCUUGUUAGAGCAAAAACGACUUUUAAUAGGUUUCCAUCUAAGGAUGUUGUUAUGUGGAAUUCUAUGAUUACGGGUUAUUCCCAGCAUGGGUUGGGAGAGGAAGCUUUGAUUGUUUUCCGUGAUAUGUGCUCAUCUGGAGUUCAGCCAGACGAGGUUACAUUCAUUGGAGUUCUUUCAGCUUGUAGCUACAGUGGCAAAGUGAAAGAAGGGUUUGAAAUUUUCGAAGCAAUGAAAUGCACUUAUCAAGUGGAGCCAGGAAUCGAACACUAUGCUUGUAUGGUUGAUUUGCUAGGCAGAGCAGGCCAGGUAGACGAGGCAAUGGAACUAGUAGAAAAGAUGCCAAUGGAACCGGAUGCUAUUGUUUGGGGUGCAUUGUUAGGUGCUUGCAGAAACCAUAUGAAGCUCAAUAUGGCUGAAGUUGCAGUAGAGAAACUUGCGAAGCUAGAGCCCCAAAAUGCUGGGCCAUAUGUCUUGCUCUCGCAUAUGUAUGCAUCUAGAGGAAGGUGGAGGGAUGUUGAAGUACUUAGAAAAAAAAUAAAUGCUAGGAGUGUAGUCAAAUUUCCGGGCUGUAGUUGGAUUGAGGUUGAGAAGAAGGUGCAUAUAUUCACUGGGGGAGGCAGCAAGAGCCACCCUGAGCAGCCUAUUAUCAUGAAAAAGUUGGAGAAGCUAGGUGGAAUUUUAAGGGAAGCUGGGUACUGUCCGGAUGGUAGCUUUGUUCUUCAUGACGUGGAUGAGGAAGAGAAGACACAUAGCUUGGGUUAUCAUAGUGAAAAGCUAGCUGUAGCAUAUGGACUCCUUAAAGUGCCUGAAGGGAGGCCAAUUAGAGUUAUGAAAAAUUUGCGGGUAUGUGGUGAUUGUCAUUCUGCUAUCAAAUUGAUUGCAAAAGUCACUGGCCGGGAGAUCAUUGUAAGGGAUGCCAAUAGAUUUCACCAUUUUAAAGAUGGUUACUGUUCUUGCAAGGACUUUUGGUAGUUCCUGACAAGGGACUUACAGAGUAUUGUUGUAAGAUGAUGGAAUGAAUUUUGGUUAUGUUGUUUGCAGUGAUCUUGAUAACAACUUACUUUCUGAAGUUUUUGGAGAUCUGAAUCCCCCAGCAAAUGUUACCUUAAUAAGGUAAUCUAAUUAAUAUGAUCAGCAAUAUAUUCUAUGCAACCAUAUCUAUAAGGGCAUUUUAUCGAUGAAACAUUUGUUACCGUUAAGCGAGCAGGAGAAAAUUCAUUACACGGACAAAAAGACUUCUUGGCUGAAAUUGAGAUUUUAUCAAGGUUACAUCAUUGAAAUCUUGUCUCACUAACUGGCUACUGCCUACUGUAACGAAGACGGAGAGCAGGUAAAAGUAAAAAUGCAAGGAAGGCCUAAGUUUGUUCAUGAGAUUACAGAUUGCAAUGGGUGCAGCCAAAGGCAUACUAUAUCUGCACACAGAGGCUAACCCUCCUAUAUACCAGAGAUAUUAAAGACAGUAACAUACUUCUAGUCUCUAAGUUUACAGCUAAAGUGGCUCAUUUUGGAUUGUCGCAACUUAUACCAUACUCAGAUGAAGAGGGUACUGUACCUAAAUAUGUGUCAACAGUUGUGAAGGGAACACCGGUAAGUUUGCUAAAGAAAAUUUAGGAAUAAUUUCAAUUCCAAUAUUGAAGACUUGGAAGUUAACGAAAUUUCAAAAUAUCAUCAAAAUACUUGACCGAAUUAAUGUAAUUGAGUCUGUCAAUCUAGUCUCUCACAUUGUCUCAGACUCUCAAACACUUAAGUGAUUGAAGUUAACAAUGGGUUGAUACUGAGUAUUGACAAUUGUGUAUGGGUUGAUACUGAGUAUUGACAAUUUUAACUGCUCAAUUAAAGUUGUCCAAGGAGGUUUAUAGGAAGGUUUUAAACUGGUAUGGGCACUAACCCAUAAGCCCUUACACCAGGUGCUGUGUUUCUUGAGCUAUUGAUGGGGUUUCAAUCUAUAUCACACAGUAAGAACAUUGAUUGCAAGAAAAUUGGAAAAGGUACUAUUGAUGAUACAAGAUAGGGUUUAAUUCCAACUUAAAUGAUGUUACGACAGAAUUCGUCAUGACCUUAAAAUGUGUUUUAAGCAAUCUUUAAAGUGGAUUUAUCUUGGCUUGGAAAGAAAGGGAAAAAUAAUCUCCUUAUGUAGUCCGGCAUCCGGCUAAAUAAUUUGAUUGAGAUAUACAUAUUCAUAAAAUGCUGAUCAGUCUGGCAUGAUAUUCUCCAUUUUAGACAGCAGAUUAGGGUCCUAACUUGUCAGAUUGUGUUGAGCCGUUUAUAACUUUGGCACUCGGCCGUUGCCAUGACUACACACAGAAGAGACCAUCAAUGAGGUUAGAUGUCAUGAUGGAGCUAGAAAAAUAUUGUUGCAAUACUUCCAGGAACUGAAAGUUCUCUCCCAUAUAUUUCCUUUUAUGAUUGCAAAGUUGCAUCAUCAGCAUUCUAUAUGAUAGAAGAGGUCACCUGUCUAAGAAAGUUGUUUUGCCUGCCAUGGGCCAUCCACGGUUCGUAGCUGAUCAAAUUAUUCUAAAUUUUACCAAGUGCAUGUUUGGAUUCGCAGUGAGAAUGGUAGAAUCACUUACUGCUCAUCCAACAAUAACCAAAAGCCCUCAUCUUUAGCAGUUCCAGUCUUCCAGGUAGUAGUUUGAGUUUGAGCCGAGUACUUUCGCGCUGCAUGUAGUGGCGUAAUGGUAGAGAAUGAAAGCGAGAUUGUUGUGUAAUCUAAAGGUGGUUAUAGUUCUUUAUGGGGAAGGAAUUGAUCGUGGUCUAUAUGAUUCAAUUGGUACUGAGACCCAGAUUUAAAUAUAUUUUGAAUGUAAUAAUUUUUAUUUUAAAAACUUAUUUGUAUUUCUCGAAAGCGUAGAGAAAUGAAAAAUAUUCUGAAUUCAAAUUCAAGUAUAUGUAUAUCAAUAAAAUAUAAAGA